CUGACUUGUUUCUCUUGAGUCUUGUGUUCAGAGCUCACAGUUAAUGUUUCUGAUGUUUCUCUCAGACUGAUGGAAGAUGAGUGAUUUGGAGGAAGAGCAGGAUGGAGCAGAGUCUCUAAUAUCCAGCUGUGUGUCUAUGAAGAGUGACCAAUCCAAAGAUGAUCCUCCACACUUCAGUAAUGAACCUGGACCCUCUUCGUGUUUAGGUCAACUCAGCCAGCAGAGAGCAGAGUCUCUAAUAUCCAGCUGUCUGUCUAUGAAGAGUGAUUGGUCCAAAGAUUCACCUCCAAACUUCAGUAAUGAACCUGGACCCUCAGACACAAAGGAUCAGUACCAGAGAGCAGAGUCUCUAAUAUCCAGAUCUCUGUCUAUGAAGAGUGACUGGUCUAAAGAUUCCCCACCAAACUUCAGUAAUGAACCUGGACCCUCAGACACAAAUGAAGGUUCAGUGGAGGAGCAGCUGUCCUGCUGUGCUUUGUGUCAGGACGUCCUGCAGGAUCCAGUCUCUACCAGCUGUGGACACUGGUUCUGCAGUCAGUGCAUCAUCUCAUGCAGGGACCAGUCUGCUCCAUCAGGACAGUCCUCCUGUCCCCAAUGUGGAAAAAGAUCCAGACCAAGACCAAGACUGCAGACAGACAGUCAGACAAGCCCCAUGCAAAAAGAAAGCAGUCUGCAGAGGGUUUUAGAUGAACAUAAAAUCCAUCUAAGAAGAAGAUGUGAAUUUGCAAUAGAAGGAAGUGAUGAAGCAGGAAGUGGAACCAUCCUCAACAGGAUCUACACUGAGCUCUACAUCACAGAGGGACAGAGUGAAGACGUUAAUACCCAACAUGAGGUGAGGCAGCUUGAAACAGCUUCCAAGAUGAUGACCCUCCAGGAUGCUCCAAUCAAGUAUCAUGACAUCUUUAAAGUCUUACCUGACCAACAGAAAUACAUCAGAGUUGUUCUGACGAACGGUGUCGCUGGUGUUGGAAAAACCUUCUCAGUGCAGAAGUUCACUCUGGACUGGGCAGAGGGCUUGGAAAACCAAGAUGUCAGUCUGGUGAUUCUGCUUUCACUCAGGGAGCUGAACUUGAUCAAAGAUGAGCAGUAUAGUCUUCUCAUGCUGAUCCAUGUUUUCCAUCCAACAUUACAGAAGGUCACAGCAAAGAAGCUCGCUGUCUGUGAAGUUCUGUUCAUCUUUGACGGCCUGGAUGAAAGCAGACUCUCAUUGGAUUUCCACAACAAUGAGGUUGUGUCUGAUGUCACACAGAAGUCAUCAGUCAAUGUGCUGUUGACAAACCUCAUCAAGGGGAAGCUGCUUCCCUUGGCUCUCAUCUGGAUAACUUCCCGACCUGCAGCAGUCAGUCAGAUCCCUCGAACAUGUGUUGACAGGGUAACAGAGGUUCGAGGCUUCACUGAUGCCCAGAAGGAGGAGUACUUCAGGAGGAGAUUCAGUGAUGAAGAGCUGUCCGGCAGAAUCAUCUCACACAUCAGGACAUCCAGGAGCCUCCACAUCAUGUGUCACAUCCCAGUCUUCUGCUGGAUCACUGCUAGAGUUCUGGAACACAUGUUGACUACAGACAAGAGAGCACAGCUGCCCAAGACCCUGACUGACCUGUACUCACAUUUCCUGCUGGUUCAGACAAAGAGGAGGAAGCACAAGUAUGAUGAGGCACAUGAGACAAAACCCCAGGAGCUGACAGAGGCUGACAGGGAAGUUCUUCUGAAGCUGGGGAGGCUGGCAUUUGAACAACUGGAGAAAGGAAACAUCAUGUUUUACAAGGAAGACCUGGAGCAGUGUGGUCUUGAUGUCACAGAGGCCUCGGUGCUAUCAGGAUUUUGUACAGAGAUCUUCAAAAGAGAGAGUGUGAUCUUCCAGAAAACAGUCUACUGCUUUGUUCAUUUGAGCGUUCAAGAGUUUCUGGCUGCGGUCUACAUGUACCACUGUUACACCAACUGGAAUACAGAGGUACUGGAGGACUUCCUGGGACCAGAAUGGACUAGAUAUGGUAACAUUGGCGUAAACUUGGAGGUGUACCUCAGCAGGUCCUUAGGGAAAGUCCUACAAAGUGAAAAUGGCCACUUGGACCUGUUUGUUCGCUUCCUUCAUGGCCUCUCUCAAGAGUCCAACCAGAGUCUCUUAGGAGAGCUGCUAGGUUGGACAGAGAACAGUCCAGAAAUUAUCCAGAGAGUCAUCGAAAACCUGAAGAAGGAGAGCAUGUACUAUAGCUCUCCUGAAAGAAACAUCAACAUCUUCCACUGUCUGAUGGAGAUGAACGACCGCUCAGUACAUCAGGAGAUCCAAGAGUUCUUGAAGUCAGAGAACAGAUCAGAGAAGAAACUCUCUGAGAUCCACUGCUCAGCUCUGGCCUACAUGCUGCAGAUGUCAGAGGAGGUUCUGGAUGAGUUGGACCUGAUGAAGUACAACACAUCACAGCAGGGACGACGGAGACUGAUCCAAGCUGUGAGCAACUGCAGAAAGGCUCGAUGUUAUGACUUUGACUUCUGGUACUGUCAAGCUGUGGCCUCAGCUCUCAAGUCAAACCCAUCUCAUCUGAGAGAGUUGUAUGUGAGGACUGAAAAAUAUAUAGAAAAGUCUGACGCAAAGCUGCUGUCUGCUGCAUUGGAGAGCCCACACUGUAAACUAGAGAUUCUGAGGUUAAACUGUAAGAUGGAACCAGAAGGCCUUGGCUAUCUACUCUCAGCUCUGAAGUCCAACCCCUCCCAACUGAGAGAGCUGGAUCUAAGUAACAACUAUUUUUUGUCAUCACACAUUAAGCUUCUGUGCGAUCUUUUGGAGAAUGCUGAGUGUAGACUGGAGACCCUGAGGCUGCAAAACUGUUCACUUUCUGAGAUCAGUGGUGCUUCUUUGGCCUCAGCUCUAGAGUCCAAUCCCUCCCAUCUGAAAGAGCUAGACCUGAGUAAUAACUCCAUACUGUGGGAUUCAAGACUGUGUUGGCUGUCUCAUAAAUGGAAGACACUAGAGACUCUGAGACUGAGGUUCUGCAGGUUGUCAAUGAGAGGCUGUGCUUCACUGGCCUCAGUUCUGAUGUCCAAACCCUCCCAAUUGAGAGAGCUGGAUCUGAGCUACAGCAAGUUCCUACAGAAGUCAGAGAAGAAGCUGCUGUCAGGAGAUUUUAAGAAUCAACUUGAGACUCUCAAACUUAAUGGCUGUGGACUAACAGACAAAAGCUGUGCUUCUCUGGCCUCAGCUCUGAAGUCCAACCCAUCCCAUCUGAGAGAGCUGGAGCUGAUGAACAACAACCUUCAGGAUUCAGGAGUGACGUUACUGUCUGCUGAACUGGAGAGUUCAGAUUGUAUACUGGAGACUCUGAGGCUUGGCAGCUGCGAACUGUCAGAGAUCAGCUGUGCUUCUCUGGCCUCAGCUCUGAAGUCCAACCCUUGCCAUCUGAGAGAGCUGGAUCUCAGUGAAAACAAGAUAAAUGAUUCAGGAGUGAAGCUGCUGUGUGAUUUUCUGGAGAAUUCACACUGUAGACUGAAGACUCUGAGAUUGAUGGACUGCAGUUUGUCAGAGAUCAGCUGUGCUUCUCUGGCCUCAGCUCUGAAGUCUAACCCCUCCCAUCUGAAAAAGCUGGAUCUAAGUGACAACAAGCUGCAGGACUCAGGAGUGAAGCUGCUGUGUGAUAUAUUAGAGAUUUCAGACUUUGAAAUGGAGACCCUGAGACUUGAUAACUGUGGACUGACGGAGAUCAGCUGUCCAUCUCUGGCCACAGCUCUGAAGUCCAACCCCUCCCAUCUGAUAGAGCUGGAUCUGAGUCAUAACGAGCUGCAGGAUUCAGGAGUGAAGCUUCUGUGUGAUUUUCUGGAGAGUCCACAAUGUAGACUGGAAACUCUGGGGUUGGUAUGCUGUAUGGUCACAGGGAAAGGCUGUGCUUCUCUGGUCUCAGCUCUGAAGACCAACCCCUCCCAUCUGAGAGAGGUGGAUCUAAAUGAGAACAAGCUGCAGGAUUCAGGAGUGAAACUACUGUGUGCUGGAUUGGAAAAUUGUAGAUUAGAGACUCUGAGGCUUGUUAUCUGUGGACUGAUGGAGGUCAGCUGUGCUUCUCUGGCCUCAGCUCUGAUGUCUGAAGUUUCCAAUCUGAGAGAGCUGGAUCUCAGUGACAACAACCUUCAGGAUUCAGGAGUGAAGCUGCUGUCUGCUGGACUGGAGAGUCCACACUGUAAACUGGAGACUCUGAGACUUGAUAGUUGUCAACUGACAGAGAGCUCCUGUGCCUUUCUGGCUUCAGUGCUGUCAAAGUAUAAGCCCAAGUCCAGCAUCUCCAGUAUGAGAGAGCUGGAUCUGAGUUACAACAACCUGCAGGAUUCAGGAGUGAGGCUACUGUCUGCUGGACUGGGGAAUCAAAACUGUAGACUGAAGACUCUGAGACUGAACAAAUGCAGUUUGUCAGAGAUCAGCUGUGCUUCUCUGGCCUCAGCUCUGAAGUCCAACCCUUCCCAUCUGAGAGAGCUGGAACUCAGUGACAACAAGCUUCAGGAUUCAGGAGUGCAGCUACUGUCUGCUGGACUGGGGAGUCCACACUGCAGACUGGAGACUCUGAGGCUCAGAUACUGUGGAUUGACAGACAACAGCUGUGCUUUUCUGAAAACAGCACUUGAGUUCAACCCCUCCCAUCUGAGGGAGCUGGACCUGGGUUACAAUGACAUGAAGAAUUUGGGGACUGGGCAUCUAUUAUCAUGUCUGAAGAAUCCACAUUGUCAUUUGGGAACUCUGAGGUUGACAAGCAGUGACCUGAAUAAUGAAGGCUUUGGUUAUCUGAAUUCAGCUUUCUGUUCCACACAAUGCAAUUUGAAAGAGCUGGACCUGAGUUUUAACCUGGACUGUUCACCAGUGAAACAACUGUUUGCUCUACUGGGGAAUCCACUGUGUGCUCUGGAGACUCUGAGGAUGGAUUAAGGUGUCACCCUUACAAGCAGAGCGGAGAGCAACCCAGAGACUCCAAACCACAAGUUCACCUCCCAACACAUUUGUUUAUUUUGAAACAACGUGGAGAUUUAAAUGCAAACAAAACCAAGAGAAAGAUGUGCACAGAUGCAGAUUAACUCCAGGCGAUACAGACUGAGAUACGUCAAGUAAGAACAUUUCAUAAGUCCAUUUUAAAUUUCUGCAUCAUAUUUAUUCAAGUUUACUGCAAAAUAUGUAGACAUUGCAGAUCUUUGUACUUUUUGUAAACACCAAAAAAAACUUUUGGCAUUAGCUCGCUACUCAUAUUUUCAGCUUCAUUAAUGAGCUUUUUACCUUUGAUUUGACUUCUGACUUGAUGUUACUGUAUUCUUCUGACACGAGAAUAAUUCCUUUCAAUAUAUUGUCAAUUUUCACAUCUUGAUGUCUAAAUUUUAUAUCCCAAAAAACACAAAUUCUUCACCCAGUUUGCUGCGUUUCCUUUCAGAAUGAAGCAAAGCUGCUGACUCAAUACUCUGAAUUAACUCAGUUCUACUUUGUGUAAUUAUUUACUUCAUAAUUUUCACUCAGUCCUCUCUUUUCUCUAUUAUUUUUUAUAUAGUUACAUUUCUUACUGUGCUGUACCUUUCAUGUUGUUGUUCCUUUAUGUCCUCGUUUGUUGUUAGUUUUUGGUUUUUGUUUGUGUAACACAUCAUUCUUGUUUUUUUUGUAAACUAUAUUACAUUUUUGCAAAUAAAAAGUGUCUUGGUCUUCCUCUUUUCUAGUUUCCCAGUGUCCUUGUUUUUUGACUUUUAUAUGUUUGAAAAUACAUGUGGAAGACUCGACUUUGACCUAAAAUAAGAAGGACCUUUGUGUUUCUACAUGAAAAUUAGUUUCACAUGAUUGUCCCUGAACGCACCAUACUUCUGCUGACGGUGCUACUUGUGGUUUUGGCCCCUUCCUGGAUCAGUUUGAUCCCUCUCAGCAUACAGUAUAUACCAUAAAUAUAUAUAUAUUUAACUUAAUAAUAUAUGUGUUGUUCUCCUCUUUGUUCUGAUAAACUAUUUAUCUUUAUAAAUAUAUACGAUCUGAGUGCAGUAGUUUAUGAUACAGCCUGUAAAACAUCAACAUGUUCAAGAACACACAUACAGAGUAACUACACAGUUUGUGAUUAAGGGUCACAUCAGUCAUUUCUGGGUGUUCAAAUAUAAGAAUAACCUAAAUCUGUACUCAUUAAACUAUGAAGAACAAUAUCUAUAUCUAUAUGUCUGCAGUUAAAUGUCUCUUUAUGACUGAGCUGCAUGUGAAGGAACACAGAAGGCUGUUUGUGAGAAGACAGACAACAAAAAGAAAUAAAUGAAAACAACAAAACACUAAACUAGCUGCAACUCUCACUGCCAGCUUGCUCUGCACCAUCAAAAUCACAAAAAACCUGUUUAUUUUCCCUUUAAUGUAGAUUCAGAGUAUGAAAAGAAAGCUACAACAUUGUGUUUUUGUCUUUUGUCACACUGUGACUUUCUGAAAAUCACACUGUCAACAUUGUUUGUGCUGCUCAUUCAACUGAAAUUUGAAUUCUCUUCACUUUCUGUGUCCAAUAUUCACUCUCUUUUAGCUGUUUUUGCUCUCUACCAACUC